AUGACGGCGGAGACCCUGGCGGCAGAGGCCGUGGCCUCGCGUCUGGCGCGGCAGGAGGAGGACAUCCGCUGGCUGUGGGCGGAGGUGCAGCGCCUGAGGGACGAGCAGCUGGACGCGCCCCAGCGGUGCCCGGGAGAGGGGCCGUGCCUCACACGGGAGGUGGCGCAGCUCCGGGCCGAGAACCGCGACCUGCGCCACCGCCUGUACCGCCUGCGGCUGUGCCUGGCCGAGGAGCUGAACCGCCAGGCGAAGGUGGAGAGCGCUGUCUCUCCUGCGGCGCUGAAGCGCGGCACCCAGCCCUGCCCCGUUCAAAGCCGAGAAAAGGAUGCUAAAAAAGAGAGGGAAAGUGGGCCUGAUAGUGAGGUGAGAAAGCAACCAGAUUUCAUCAAAGAAAGAUUGAAGCUGUUUGAAGUAUUGAAUAAAGAUCAUCAGCUCUUACUUGGCAUUUGUGAAAAAGAGAAUACAAGCAACACGAUCACAGUAAGAGUGGCUGAUGGGAAAACAGUCGAAGGGCAAGUUUGGAAAACAACCCCUUAUCAAGUGGCUGCUGAGAUUAGUCAAGAACUGGCUGAAAACACAGUGAUUGCCAAAGUAAAUGGUGAAUUAUGGGACUUGGACCGUCCACUGGAAGGAGAUUCUACUCUAGAGCUGCUGAUGUUUGAUAAUGAGGAAGCCCAGGCUGUGUACUGGCACUCCAGUGCCCAUGUUCUUGGCGAGGCCAUGGAAUUGUACUAUGGAGGCCUCUUGUGCUAUGGUCCACCCAUUGAAAAUGGAUUUUAUUAUGACAUGUUCAUUGGAGACAGAGUAGUGUCCAGCACAGAAUUGUCAGCACUGGAGAACAUAUGUAAAACUAUCAUAAAAGAAAAGCAGCCUUUUGAAAGAUUAGAAGUCACCAAGGAGACCCUCCUGGAAAUGUUUAAGUACAAUAAAUUUAAAUGCCGCAUCCUGAAUGAGAAGGUGAACACUCCAACUACCACAGUUUACAGGUGCGGUCCACUAAUUGACCUGUGUAAAGGUCCACAUGUAAGACACACUGGAAUAAUUAAAACCAUAAAAAUUUUCAAGAAUUCCUCAGCAUAUUGGGAAGGCAAUCCUGAAAUGGAAACAUUGCAGAGGAUCUAUGGUAUCUCUUUUCCUGAUAACAAGAUGAUGAAAACCUGGGAAACGUUCCAAGAGGAAGCCAAGAACCGAGAUCACAGGAAAAUUGGGAAGGAACAAGAACUUUUCUUUUUUCAUGAUCUGAGUCCUGGAAGCUGUUUUUUUCUUCCCAGAGGAGCCUUCAUUUAUAAUACACUUAUGGAUUUCAUACGAGAGGAAUAUCACAAACGUAACUUCACAGAAGUGGUCUCUCCCAAUGUGUACAACAGUAAGCUCUGGGAAGCCUCGGGCCACUGGCAACAUUACAGCGAGAACAUGUUUACCUUUGAUAUUGAAAAGGACACUUUUGCUCUUAAACCCAUGAAUUGUCCAGGGCACUGUCUAAUGUUUGCCCAUCGUCCGCGAUCUUGGAGGGAAAUGCCUAUCAGAUUAGCUGAUUUUGGAGUUCUUCAUAGAAAUGAACUCUCAGGGACUGUAAGUGGCUUGACCCGAGUCAGGCGCUUCCAACAGGAUGAUGCUCACAUCUUCUGCACAGUGGAGCAGAUUGAAGAAGAAAUAAAAGGGUCUUUGCAGUUUUUGCAAUCUGUUUACUCAACAUUUGGCUUCACCUUUCAAUUAAAUCUAUCCACAAGGCCAGAAAACUUCCUAGGACAGAUUGAGAUGUGGGAUCAAGCUGAAAAGCAACUGCAGAAUAGUUUGAUGGAAUUUGGAAAACCGUGGAAGAUGAAUCCAGGAGAUGGAGCAUUUUAUGGCCCUAAAAUUGAUAUAAAAAUCAAGGAUGCCAUUGGCAGGUACCAUCAAUGUGCUACAAUUCAGCUGGAUUUCCAACUACCUAUUAGAUUUAAUCUUACAUAUGUUAGUAAAGAUGGGGAUGAUAAGAAGAGACCUGUGAUCAUACAUCGAGCCAUUUUGGGAUCAGUGGAAAGAAUGAUAGCUAUUCUCUCAGAAAACUAUGGGGGGAAAUGGCCUUUCUGGCUGUCUCCUCGUCAGGUAAUGGUCAUCCCUGUGGGGCCAACUUGUGAAAAAUACGCACUCCAGGUAUCCAGUGAAUUUUUUGAAGAAGGAUUUAUGGCCGAUGUUGAUUUAGAUGAUAGUUGUACACUAAAUAAGAAAAUACGAAAUGCACAGCUGGCUCAGUAUAAUUUCAUUUUGGUGGUUGGAGAAAAGGAAAAGACAAAUAAUGCUGUAAAUGUUCGAACAAGAGACAACAAAAUUCAUGGAGAGAUUUCCGUAACUUCUGCCAUGGAUAAGUUGAAGAAUCUCAAGAAUUCACGUACACUGAAUGCAGAGGAAGACUUUUGAAGUCCUUUCCUUGUAUUUGCUUCUAUAUAACCUUGUUUUGACCCUUGAAAAUGUGUUUUUCUUAACCAUUUAACCUGUUAGUACUUCUUCUAAGAACUUUAGACUCACUGAUGGGCACAGUUAGAAAGGAGAUAGUGAAUGAGUAGCUGAUAUGAACCAAUUGUUUAAUUCACUAAUGUGCUCUGAGGACAAUUUAAGAGGAGAAGCUUGGGACGUUUUCAAGAAAUCAAUGCCUUGAGAGACUUAAAUAGGAAACCGUUAUCAUUGAAAGGGGGAAAUACUAGGAAAUGAGGAUUAUCAGAUGUCAUUGCUAAUAUUUAUGAUUUUCAAAAAUAGGCUUCAAAUAAAAAUCUGCAAAGUUUUUUUGAAU